AUGUCCAGUUCUGCCCUGACUUGUGUGUCCAUCUUGGAAAAGUCAGGAGAUACCUGGGCAAUCAAGAUGAUGACCUCCUCCAGCCUUAUUGUUCUGUGGCCACCAGAGACCCUGGCAUCCACCUAACAUCCCAACAAACUCUCACUGUGCCAGGGACUGAGUGUUUGGCUGGGAGCAGCCUCUGCCCUCCCAGAGCUGACAUUCCAUGGGGAUGUGCACCAAAGCGAGGCCUUUUGAAGAUAUUUAAAAACAUUCAUCUCUCUUUCUCCUGACACAACUAAGCAGAACCCCAGGAAGACACACAGGUGGCAAGUUAUUCAUCACUCCAUACCUCAAUUUCCUGGUCUGGAAGAUGGAGAUACUAAGAGAGCCUGUGCUACAGGAUAGUCGUAGAAAUUACAUGAGGAUGUCGGUGCAGAGCCCAGUAGCACAAGGUACAGCCAUUCAGAUGAACUGGCAUUUAUUAAGGGCCGCUAUGUCAAUUCCUUUUCCACAGUAUACUUCAACACAUGCGCACGCAUGCACAUGCACACACACACUGCUAAAACCAAUGAGAAUCUGGCAUCAUCUGAGAGCUGUCCCAGCUUCAUCUCCUUCAUUACGCUGAUCACGCUCCCCGACAUCAUCUUACAGAUCUAG